AUGGCCUCGAAUCCGGGCCUUGCGGGCACUCCAGGUGCAAGCAGUAACCCACUAGCUUCGAAUAACCCUUUCGCAGAUCCAGCAGUACAAUCCGGUCAGCGCCAUGACAGACGCAACACCGAACCCCUCCCAUAUCCAGUCUCCCCACAACCCCCCGCCGCGCGUGGUCCGACAGCCGACGAUGAAAUCGAAGAUAUCAGCCCACCCCCUUUGUUCUCACGAUAUUCUACAGGUCCUGAAGCAGAAAACUUAGUUCGUCGGCAUGCGAAUACUUUCCCGCGUCCGGUGCCGCCGAAUACAACUUCACAACCAGGUGCGCAGGCACCAGAAUUAGUAGGACCUCAGAGUCACGGUCAAGGUCAAGGAAAACCACCAGGAUAUCAUAGCGACGACGAUGAUGAUUCCGAUAUAUCCACCGACGAGGAUGACGAUUUGGCGAUGUAUUUUAAACGACGAGAACCGGCAAAUGGUGUGUUAUCGAGCUUACUACAGUUAUACGGACCGGGUGGUGGAACCGAAGCUUAUAGGUCACAAUCGGUACCCCGAUCUCCAAGAUCGAGGAGCAAAAGCGCAGUGGGGGCUAAAACUGCCACUCCGGGUGAACAAGCUACAACAGAAAGUGGACAGUCAGCACAGCCAGAGACUGCAGCAGAAAAGGAGAAAAUGCAGAUGGCAAUGAUGGCGAAGGAAUCAGGAACUGGUAGUGACAGUGAUGACGAUGAUUGGAAGAGUUUCUCGGCGAGGCCGAGAUGGUAUCAACAUUCUUCCAUGUCGAGGUUUUCAUUAAUACCAGAGACGAGAAGUGCGACACCGACAAUGGAAGUUGUGGGGGAUGUGGCAUCUGUGCUGUCGAUGGGGGAGAGACCCUCGAAGUUGGGGAAAAGAGAGAGGUUAAAAGCUUUGGCGAAGAGAUUUAAAGGAAGAGGGAACGAGGAGCUUACCAUCACAGUACAUAUUGCAGAGACAUUGCAGCGGCAGAAGUAUCUGCUAAAACUUUGUCGAGCAUUAAUGCUCUGUGGAGCCCCGUCACAUCGUAUUGAAGAUUUCCUUCAAAUUAGCGCUGCGGUUCUUGCAGUCAAUGCCUCCUUUGUCUACCUCCCCGGCACUAUAAUAAUAUCUUUCCAAGAUCCCCAGACUCACACUUCAGACGUUCAAGUCGUCAAAAGUGGCACAUCUCUAGACCUCGGGAAACUCCAGUACAUCCAUAUCAUCUACAAAGAAGUACUUCACGAUGUCAUCUCCGUCGAAACCGGCACCGAGAAACUCGAGAAACUCAUUCGAAAACCCCCACUCAGAAAUGUAUGGUUCAAAGUUCUACUAUACGGCGGCGCAUCUGCCUCUAUUGCCCCUCUAUUCAAUGCACGGGUUAAAGACCUGCCAUUCGCAUUUCUACUGGGUAUGGUGGUGGCACUUAUGGGAUUGGUGAUUAAUCCCAAAUCCGAAGCGUUUGCAAACGUCUUUGAGAUCAUGGGUACCAUCAUCGUAUCUUUCUUUGCCCGUGCAUUUGGAAGUAUAAGAAUGAACGGAGAAGAACUGUUCUGUUUUUCGGGUAUAACUCAAGGUGCAAUCGCCCCGUUGCUACUACCGGGCUAUGCAAUCCUUCUCGGGGCACUUGAAUUACAGAGUAAAAAGCUGGUGGCUGGAGCGGUCCGAAUGUUUUAUGCAAUCAUCUACUCCGUACUGCUAUGGUUCGGUAUCUCCAUCGGAACGGCGCUAUACGGCUUUGUUGACCCAAGUGCAACGAAUUUAACGGAAUGUUUGGAUCAGAAUCUACAAGAAUUUAGAUUCUUUUACGUCCCGUUGUUUACUUUCUUCGUCUUACUCGCAAACCAAGCAAGAUGGAAACAGGCACCUGCAAUGUUGAUUAUUAGUUUAUUGGGAUAUACAGUAAACUACUUUUCCCAAGGACGGUUUCCGCAUACACCACAAGUUGCAAAUGGAUUGGCAGCAUUGACUGUUGGUGUGCUGGGAAAUCUUUAUAGCAGAGUGGUCCACCAAGCGGCGUUUACAGCUAUGGUACCCGCCAUAUUGUUACAGGUGCAGAGUGGGAUCGCUAGCUCUGGGUCGUUGAUGAGUGGUUUGACAGUAGCUAUGACGAUUGUGGGCGGACGGAAUGCGAUGAUUCCAGCGGACGCCGAUUCUAUUAAUAUCGCCGCCGGUGCAAACUCGCAGUCUGGAUUCGUAGUUGAUGGAGGAGCAGGUCAGUUGGCCCUAGGGCUAGUCGCUAUCAGUGUGGCUAUCAGCUUCGGCCUAUUUUUGAGCAGUGUUAUAGUCUAUCCUUUGGGCAAGAGCAAAAAACAAAGUGCUAUCUUCGCUUUUUAG